AUUUUGAAAAGUGGCGGCGGCGGAACUGAGCGCCUCGUUUAUGCAGCGCUGAGCUCGGGGUAUCCGCUCAGGCUAAAGCUAAAGGUCUUUUACUGUCUUAAGACAGAUACAUACGGAUUAAUAUCAUUAAAGAAAUGAACUUCAUACGAUCGGCCUGUCUGCGUUUAGCAGGAGAGACAGUGUUGUCUGGAAUCAGAGGUGGGACGUCUGCCUGCAGUGGGCUGCGCUCCUUCAGCUCCUGGUUGCCGUUUACAGAGCGGAGACCCGCAGGCUGCAGGACCGUGGGAGACGGAGUUUCUCAGAUUCCCUCCUGGCACUGUCAGCAGGUUCGCACCAAGAAGAGAGGUAUGGAAUAUCAGCCCAACAACAUCAAGAGGAAGAGGACGCACGGCUGGAUCAAACGGAUCAGCACGCAGGGCGGCAUCGAGGUGAUCCUGCGCAGAAUGCUUAAAGGACGACGAUCUCUUUCGCACUGAACACACACACCCACUGAGACUGUGAGAAGGGCGGUCUAAGGACAGAACUCAGAGACUCAACAUUUGUAGCUGUUAGGAAACGGCUAACAGUCAGGCUUUGCGCGUUUGUAUGUUUUUGGCAGACUGAGUGAAAAUAAUAAUAAUAAUAAUAAAAAAAAUGAAAUGUAUGAAACAUGGGUUCUUUGAUUUGAGGUUCUUUGAAGUGUAGAACAGUGCUGUGUCUACAUUUACCAGCUCAGUAGCGAUGUUAAUAAUAAUGCUCUGUUAUAGAUUGUAUUAUUCUGUUAUUAAAAUUUAGGAUAAGUGGAAAUAGCCGCAUUGAUAUAUCAAAAAAAUUGCAAAUUCACAUAGUUACUCCAUGAUUUCUCUAUAGAAUCUGCUUUAUGCGUGCAUUGAGAAGGCCCCUGCUGCUUUCGCAAUGGGUUGGGUUUGUGAAAAUCGUUUUAUGGCCGAUU